CUUUCUGUCAUGGGGGCGAUCUCCAGGCGCUUAACCUGUCUCUCAGGUACCUGAAUACUGGCCUUGUGUCUGAAGCUCCUGGAACUUUUCUCUUACUGAGAUAUAACUUGGCUCAAAUCACACUGCAUGUAUAUAGUACACAAGCGCUUAGCCCAAGCCUGAGAAUUAUUGAAAUCCUUUGGUAAAACAAAUUCAAACAACAGUGGGAGUUCCAUCUAGGAAGAUGCAGCCUCUGGACAAGUUGCUGGCUAUCUCAAAACCUCAAAACCUGGCUUCUCAUGAACAAAGUGAGGUCCUGAGAGCAGAUGUGUCUUGGCAGCAGGAAACCACCCCAGUCAUGGAGACAUAUGACUCUGAAGCCUCUCGUCAAAAGUUCCGGCAUUUCCAGUAUUUGGAAGUGUCUGGGCCUCAUGAAGCCCUGAGCCAGCUCUGGGAGCUAUGUCUUCAGUGGCUCAGACCAGAGAUUCAUACAAAGAAGCAGAUCUUAGAGCUACUGGUGCUGGAACAGUUCCUGACAAUUCUUCCUGAAGAGGUCAGGACUUGGGUGAAUUUACAACAUCCAAAGAACAGCAAAGAAGUGGUGACCCUUAUAGAGGAUGUAGUUGAAAUGCUUAAAGACGAAGAUAUGCCUUUCAAGGAUUCUGUCCUGUUCCAGAAGGGGAGCAUCAAGAAGGAGAAAAUGGAAGCUGACUCACUAACAGGCAAAUCCAGAAACUUCAUGUUUUAGGAACCAGUGACAUUCAAAGAUGUGGUUGUGGAAUUCAGCCAGGAAGAGUGGGGGCAACUGGACCGUGCUGUAAAGAACCUGUACAGGGAUGUGAUGCUGGAGAUCUAUAGGAACCUGAAUUCACUGCGUAAAGAGCAUCUACUUUCCAAACAAGUUGAGAUCUCCAAGUUGGAGAGUAAGAAAAAAAGAUGGAUAAUGGAGAGAGAAAUCCCAAGAACAACCGUUUUUGACAGAGAGACAGUUUCAGAAAACCAAGAUUCAGUUCCAAAGCAGAGAAUUUCUGGAGAAGAAGCAUCCCAUGGAGUGAUUAUGACAAGACUGACCAAGAGUGGACACCCUUCUUUAGAUGGCUGGAAAAGUGAUGAUUGGUUACAUAGCAACCAGGAACACUGGGACAUAAAUUUGCCACAAGAAGCUUUCAUUCAUAAGACAAUCUACACUGAGGAAGGUGACUUUGAAUCUAGUGAAAAUAAGAAAAGCUCUCAUGUUAACUCAGUUGACUCAACUUUUGAUACACAACAAGGAAUUCCUAUAAGAAAGGGGCCCCUAAAGUGUGAUAAGUUUAAAACUAACUUCACAUUUAAUUUAGACUCAGUAGGUAAGCAACAUUCAGAACAUAAUGAAUGUGACAAUGCCUUGAACCUGAGUCCAGAUAUUCAACACCCAGAAAGUCACACCACAAUGAAUUCCUAUGAGUGUUAUCAAUGUGGGAGAGCCUUCAGCCGGAGUUCAUCCCUUGUUAGACAUCAAAUCAUUCAUACAGGAGAGAAACCCUACAAAUGCAGUGAAUGUGGGAGAUGCUUCAACCGACGUACAAACCUUACUAAGCAUCAAAAAAUUCAUGCUGAAGCAAAGGCCUACAAAGGCAAUCAGUGUGGCAAAGCCUUCACUAAGGGUGAAGACAGUAAUAUAAAUCCAGGACUCCAUUCUGGAAAUAAUCCCUAUGAGUGUAACUGUGGAAAAUCCUUCAGCCGGAGCUCCUCACUUAUUCGACAUCAAAUGAUUCAUACAGGAGAGAAACCAUUCAAAUGUAAGGAAUGUGAGAAAACCUUCAAUAGGAGUUCAAACCUUAAAAAACACCAGAAACUUCAUAGUUAGAGGACAACUCAAGAGAAGUCCUAUAACAGGCAGAAAUUCGGGAUUGCCUUCAUUCAGAGUGCAGAACUCAUUCAACAUCUGUGACUUUAUGCUGGAAGGAAUCCUAUGAAUAUAGUAAAUGGAAGAAAAUAUUUGACAGAGAUUAUUCUUUAAUUGAUAUGACAAUUAAUAUUGGAGAGAA